CACAAUCCCGAAUGGUGGUGUUGCCAGCAAAAGCGUCCGGAAAACAAUUUCCCAUAAACUAAAGUUAGCUUCAUAUUGGUAGAGACGCAGUUGUCGAUACGUAUACGUGCGCUUACAUUUAAAUUAAUUGAAAGUGAAACCAACUUCAGCCUCGCUCCACAGUCUAUAUGUCAUUGUUGCGACCUAGUGGUCACCUGAACCAGCUGAAGGCAUAAAUACACGAAAGUGACGGGACCGCUAAAUUAGCUGUCUAAGCUAACGUGUAAAGGAACUUCGGGAAACUUGUCGACAAAAUGCUCGCUCGGUUGUUAUUCAACCUCCUCAACAACCACCGUGUCGUUGAGAAGUUGGCCGAGUCUCGUCCGAUUCGCAGGGCCGCACAGAUCACAGCCUACGCCAUCACCAAGGCUCAGAUAGCCGGCAAGGACGCCUCUGAGCGGGUCUUGCGGUCUCAGACGAUGCGGCAGGUGAAGCAAGAGGCCGGCAAAGUCCCCGGGGAUCUGGGGGAGAUGGGCAGCCGCCUGAAGAAAGUCAGUGACACGUUUGUGAAUGAGGUGAAGCAGGGGUGGAAGGACGGCUCCAGACAGAUCAAGAAGUAAACAGGACAGGCUGGAUAUAGGAUGUCAAAGACUGUGAAUACACUGAUAAUAACUUUACUGUUGUGGGCUGUUAUUGAUAAACUGAAACCUCAUGUUCAAUCAACAAUGACUGGAGGAGGACAGACGGGCAGUCGGGUUUAAACAAUCUGCCUCAUCCGUGCACUAUCAGGGAGUGUUUUGUAAUAUCAACAGUGUGUUUGUAACCUGCAACGUGUUGGACACUGAUCAGGUUCCUAUCAGGGAGUGGUGUUUAAUGUCUAAUGCCAGAUAACACAUGAUGAAUAGUGGUUUAACUAAAUUAAUUCAUUGUAUUUGCAUUUCUGAGAAUGCAUGGAUGGAAAGUGUCUAUUUUAUCUUUAUAAACAACUGUGGAAAAGUAGGACCCAUUAUACUUUGGAUUAGUGUGGAAAUGUUGGGUGUACUUUUCUAAAGCAAGUUGACAAUUCAUAGUAAUUUCAUUAGACACUUGUAGAACCUUUUUAGUGUUGGUUCCUCCACAUUCAUCUAAAAUAAAAUAAACAUGAGUACCUGUUAACUUUUCCCUUCACCAAUGUGCACUAGCACAAGACGUACAGUGGGGCAAAAAAGUAUUUUGUCAGCCACCAAUUGUGCAAGUUCUCCCAUUUAAAAAGAUGAGAGAGGCCUGUAAUUUUUGUCAUAUGUAUACCUCAACUAUGAGAGACAAAAUGAGGAAAAAAAUCCAGAAAAUCACUGUCUGAUUUUUAAAGAAUUUAUUUUCAAAUUAUUGUGGAAAAUAAGUAUUUGGUCAAUAACAAAAGUUCAUCUCAAUACUUUGUUAUUUACCCUUUGUUGGCAAUGACAGAGGUCAAACGUUUUCUGUAAGUCUUCACAAGGUUUUCACACACUGUUGCUGGUAUUUUGGCCCAUUCCUCCAUGCAGAUCUCCUCUAAAGCAGUGAUGUUUUGGGGCUGUCGCUGGGCAACACGGACUUUCAACUCCCUCCAAAGAUUUUGUAUGGGGUUGAGAUCUGGAGACUGGCUAGGGCACUCCAGGACCUUGAAAUGCUUCUCCAUACUCCUUCGUUGCCCUGGUGGUGUGUUUGGGAUCAUUGUCAUGCUGAAAGACCCAGCCACGCUUCAUCUUCAGUGCCCUUGCUGAUGGAAGGAGGUUUUCACUCAAAAUCUCACGAUACAUGGCCCCAUUCAUUCUUUCCUUUACACGGAUCAGUUGUCCUGGUCCCUUUGCAGAAAAACAGCCCCAAAGCAUGAUGUUUCCACCCCCAUGCUUCACAGUAGGUAUGGUGUUCUUUGGAUGCAACUCUGCAUUCUUUCUCCUCCAAACACUACGAGUUGAGUUUUUACCAAAAAGUUCUAUUUUGGUUUCAUCUGACCAUAUGACAUUCUCCCAAUCCUCUUCUGGAUCAUCCAAAUGCCCUCUAGCAAACUUCAGACGGGCCUGGACAUGUACUGGCUUAAGCAGGGGGACACGUCUGGAACUGCAGGACUUAAGUCCCUGGCAGCUUAGUGUGAUACUGAUGGUAGCCUCUGUGACUUUGGUCCCAGCUCUCUGCAGGUCAUUCACUAGGUCCCCCCGUGUGGUUCUGGGAUUUUUGCUCACCGUUCUUGUGAUCAUUUUGACCCCACGGGGUGAGAUCUUGCAUGGAGCCCCAGUUCGAGGGAGAUUAGCAGUGGUCUUGUAUGUCUUCCAUUUUCUAAUAAUUGCUCCCACAGUUGAUUUCUUCACACCAAGCUGCUUACCUAUUAAAGAUUCAGUUUUCCCAGCCUGGUGCAGGUCUACACUUUUGUCUCUGGUCUCCUUUGACAGCUCUUUGGUCUUGGCCAUAGUGGAGUUUGGAGUAUGACUGUUUGAGGUUGUGGACAGGUGUCUUUUAUACUGAUAACGAGUUCAAAAAGGUGCCAUUAAUACAGGUAACGAGUGGAGGACAGAGGAGCCUCUUAAAGAAGAAGUUACAGGUCUGUGAGAGCCAUAAAUCUUGCUUGUUUGUAGCUGACCAAAUACUUAUUUUACUGAGGAAUUUACCAAUUAAUUCAUUAAAAAUCCUACUAUGUGAUUUUCUGGAUUUUUUUCUCAUUUUGUCUCUCAUAGUUGAAGUGUACCUAUGAUAAAAAUUACAGGCCUCUCAUCUUUUUAAAUGGGAGAACUUGCACAAUUGGUGGCUGACUAAAUACUGUUUUGCCCCACUGUAUAUCCAUCCAAAAUGAUUUUAUAGUAAUGUACAUAAGGUUGUCUUGGUUAAUAAUUGGUCAAAAUGUACAUAUAGAGAAAGAUGUGAUGAGGAUAUGUAUAGAUAAUGAAUUCACCUUUUUGUUCCAAUUGUAAAAAUAAAGAUUAUAAUUUAUGACAGCA